CUGCGCAGGCGCACGGGCGAGACGCGCCCCCGGCGGCCGUUGAGACAUGGCGACUGUGGCCGAGCUGAAGGCCGUUUUAAGGGACACCUUGGAGAAGAGGGGGGCCCUGGGGCACCUGAAGGCCAGGAUCCGGGCUGAGGUCUUCCGGGCCCUGGAUGACGAGCGGGAGCCGAGGCCCGAGCUCUCGCACGAGAACCUCCUCAUCAACGAGCUGAUCCGCGAGUACCUGGAGUUCAACAAGUACAAGUACACUGCGUCCGUGCUCCUGGCAGAAUCUGGUCAGCCGGUCAUCCCCCUGGACAGACAGUUUCUCAUCCGUGAACUCAACGCAUUUGAAGAAUCGAAGGAUAAUACAGUCCCUCUCUUAUAUGGGAUCCUAGCUCAUCUCUCGAAGAGAACCAAGGAGGAAUUCCCGAGCGCCUUUGCCGGAUCGUCCCCUCAGCCCGCGGGCCUGAGUCUCGGCCGACACCCCAUCGGGAGGAAGCCGACGGGUGGCCGCCUCAGGACAGAGGGUGGGAGGAGCGCCAGUGCCGAGAGCCCCCGCGCCUCUCACGCAGCGAGGAGAUGACGGCUGACCCGGGGCGACUGUCCCCUUCAGAUUGUAGGUUCUCAAUAACUUAUUUUUUACUCUCCCCGUGUUCCCCGGGGACAUUUGUGCUUUGCAGAGAUGGGAGUUUCUGGAACCACUCAGGAUCACUGUGUUUGUGA